GAGAGCUCGCCAUUUUUAUCUGCCGUACAUUCAGAAUAGAAGACAAUUUCAUCUGUAAAGGAAUUGUAGGAGAUUUUUCAGAUGAGUUUAUGUAUGUGUUGGGGCAAAUUAUCGUCGAGCCGCAUCAGAUAUGUGGGCUGCUGUUGGACGAUUGUGGAAAGUUCAUAGAUCCGUUCAAUUCCACCUGGAGUAUCUCUAUUCCGAACGGCCAACCGGCCCCUGUAGAUAAGAAGCCUGUGCCGGGCGGCAAGCCCAUUCUGAAAGCCUUGCAUUUGACUGACAUACAUCUGGACAUGCUGUACACCCCAGGAUUGGAAGCAAAAUGUUCAGAACCUCAGUGUUGCAGACCCCAGCAAGAUCCUAACGAAGUGUCAAUUGCAGCGGAUGUGAAGGAAGCAGCAGGUCAGUGGGGUACAGUUGGAAACUGCGAUGCGCCCUAUUGGCUACUCACGAACAUGCUCGCCUUCAUUCAGAAGAACCAUAAAGAUCUGGACUACGUCAUGGUCUCCGGCGAUCUAACAUCUCAUGCUGACUGGGACUACACACGACAGUCGCACGUGGCCAUAGUCAAGAAUAUUUCAGACACAAUCAGAUCGUAAGC